UGUACUGUGUUCCUCACUUUCCCAUUAAUUCUUGGCAAUUGACCUUAGCUUACUCACAAUGGUUUAUUUCACAUUAGUAGACGAUGAGCAUCUAUAAAUGUUUCACUAAGUUCCUCUUCCUCGCUGUGUUUUCUGGUCUGAGAAAUCAAAGAAGAGGAAACAAGAUUACUGGUUCAGACCCUUUUCAACCUGAGAAGCUUCUUAUUUGAAAUGGAUCAGGUCCUAUCCAACCUCAGAAGCAUCAUAUUUGGAAGAAAACAGAAAGUAUAUCACGCACCUGAUGAUCACUGUGAAGAGGUUAAGCAAAUUCAUCCUACCUCUGGUUAUGGAAAGACCAGAGUUUUAGAAGAAGAUGAAGGAUCAGUAGUUAUUGUUAUAACUGAUGCUGAUCAGGUCAGAGAAGAUGCAGCAGAGCCAUUUUCUCUCGUCUCUGGUGGCCCAGAGACCAGGUUAUCAGAAGAUGAAAGGGUAAUAACUAUCAUUGUUGGCAAUGUAGUUGAGGCUGUAGAAAAGAUUAAACCUGUAACUGAUGCUGAGGUCAGAGUAGAUGCAGAACCAUUUCCUCUUCUCUUUGUUGACCCUAAGACCAGGGUUUCAGAAGAUGAAAGAGCCAGAGAAGAUGUAGACCCAUAUCUUCUUGUCUCUGUUGACUCAAAGCCCAGGAUUUCAGAAGAUGAAAAGGUCAGAGAAGAUGCAGCAGAGCCAUUUCCUCUUGUCUCUGGGUCACCGGAGACCAGGGUAUCAGAAGAUGAAAGGGUAAUAACUAUCAUUGUUGAUAGUGGGGUUGAGGCUGCAGAAAAGAUUAAACCUACCCUUGAUGUCUCUACUGUUCCAAAAGAUGGUUCAGGAGCAAAGAGAAGGAAAAGAAGAGCCAAGCGAAAAGAAAGAAGAAUUAAGCACUACUACAGUUCUCACAAGAUACUGCUGGUUGGGGAGGGAGAUUUCUCUUUCUCUGCUUGUUUGGCCAAGGUUUUUGGUUCUGCUAAUAACAUGGUAGCCACUUCUCUCAAUUCAAAAGGCUUCUUAGAGGAAAACUACUGCAAUGCCAUAUCUAACAUCAAUGGUUUGAAGAGCAGAGGAUGUAUGGUUCUUCAUGGGCUGGAUGCAACAAAUAUGUCAGGCCAUCAGAUUCUCAAGAGCAUGAAAUUUGAUCGGAUUGUCUUUAACUUCCCCUAUGCUGGUUUUUUUAAAAACGAGCCGCGUGAGUCUCAAAAGAGUCGACACCGAAUGUUGGUCACCUUGUUCUUCCGGAAUGCCAAGAAGAUGCUUUCAAAAGUGGGAGAAAUCCAUAUCUCUCACAAAUCAAAUGGGUUCCAUUGUGAGUGGAAUAUAAUUUCUCUGGCCUCUCUUAGUGGCCUCAAGUUUAUAAAAAGAGUGAAAUUUAAUUUGAAUGAUUAUCCAGGUUACAAUACUAAAAGAGGGUUUGGAGGAGAUGAGAAUUUUGAUUGCAACCCAAGUGAGACUUACAUGUUUGGACUGUGAUAGAGACCAAUGGAUGAUGAAGAAGCCUCAUAUCAAUAAAUGGGAUUUUCAAGGAAGACAAACAUAGGUUUCACAAGUAGAAGUCUACAUGAGUGUUAUUAAGCAAUGAUGUAUGCUUAUUGUGUUGAUGAAUAGAAAUCUUGUAGGUUCUCCCUACACAUUCCAUCUUUAUGGUAUUGAAGACCUUGGGAUUGAGAGUGAUUGCAAGGAGCUGAUCCUUACUUCUCAACCAAACUAACCCCUCCUUACCUACUGAGGUGAUGAACAUUGUUCUACAUAUAAGGCACCUUUCUUCUUUUUUGCAGAA